CAUUCAUUCAAGGAUCAAUGAGCAUACAUUCUGGCAUUUGGUGGCUUUUCUGGAAAGCAGUCUCCUGUAGGCCGCUGUGCAGGCCCCCACAGCUGAUCAUAUUAGUUCAGCUGCUGUGCUGCACUCACCUUCAGUGCGCGCACCACUAUGGACCGCAAAAGGGAUGACUGGCACAGGACAAGAAGAGAAAGGAAAACCUACAUGCCACAGAAUGAUGGAUGACAGGAGUACUACGCUGCACAUCCUCGAGGAGCCUCAGAUGCGAAGAGAAGGGGAGAGACUUCGAACUUUUCAGAACUGGUCAGCAGAUGAACCUGUCACAUCUGGAGACCUGGCCAAGGCGGGCUUCUUCUUUCUAGGCCCCGGGGAUAAAGUCCAAUGUUUCUGCUGUGGAGGGAUUUUAAGAUGUUGGGUACAUGGGGACAGCCCGGACACCGAGCACAAGAGGCAUUUCCCAACUUGCAGUUUCAUUCUGGGUCGAGCUGUGGGAAAUAUUCCUCUCCAAGUUGGAUCCUCCGACUCUGUGGACGGCCAGCUGUUGAGUCAACUGCAGAGGAUGACGAUGGAUGAACAGGGGACAGCUGGACAAGCGGUCUACCCAGAGAUGGAGGCGCAGGAUUCCCGGCUCACCACUUUCCACAACUGGCCAACAGAUGCCUCAGUUCAGCCAGAUGUUCUCGCCAGAGCAGGAUUUUUCUACACAGGUCACGGUGACAAUGUCAAAUGCUUCUACUGUGACGGAGGGCUGAGGAACUGGGAGGCAGGAGACGACCCCUGGCAGGAGCAUGCCAAGUGGUUUCCACGAUGUGAGUUUUUAAUCCAGGCAAGAGGACAGGAGUACAUCAGCAACAUACAGGAUGCUCAUUUCCAUCUGGGUGAGACUGUGGUUGGAUCACAGACUUCCACAGGCAGAGACAUCGGAUCCAGAAACGAUGUGGUCGGAGGUCUGGCAGCUUCCUCAGCCAUGCUCUCCCCUGUGGUGCAGACUGUGCUGCAGAUGGGCUUUGAAGCCAACCUGGUGGAGAGUCUGGUGCAGACCAAGUACCUUCUGACAGGUCAGCACUACACUUCUGUGUCUGACCUGGUCACUGACAUACUGCAGGCGGAGCAGGAGGACAGACAGAGGGGACCACAGAGCAGAGAUCCAGAUACGAGGCAGGGCUCCAGUGCUGGAAGUGUGAGGACACACACACCCAUCAGAGAGAAAGUGAUGGACCCGAACCCAGAGGAGCUGCUGAGGCAGCUGCAGGAGGAGAGGACAUGCAAGGUGUGCAUGGACAAACUGGUGUCUAUCGUCUUCAUCCCCUGUGGUCAUUUGGUGGUGUGUAGUGACUGCGCUGCCAGCCUGCGUCACUGCCCCAUCUGCAGAGCUGUGAUCAGAGGCAGCGUUCGUGCUUUCAUGUCCUAAGGCUGUAGUGAGAAAACGCUGUUGUACAGGUGUUGCAUGAGUGGCCUUGAGUUCCCCUCUGUACUCAUUUGACAUACUACUGCCAAAAAUAAAGAGAAUUUCGAUUUUCUUUAAGAGUUUUCAGAUUAUG